AUGCUGAUUUUUUUAUUUCUAAUAUAUGUACAAAGUUAGGAAUAUAAUAUCUCAGUUGAUUCUGAAAAAGUAGUUGACAGAUUUGAUGAUUUUGGUGAAAUAUUUUAUUAGGAAAUCGAGUAUGAAGAUAAUACAUUUAAACCUUGUCAUUUCACAAAACAACAGUUAGUGCAAAGUGCAGGAUUAAAUGUGGAUAUUGUUGAAUCUUUUAAUGAAACAUUCUUUCAAUAGCAUUAUGAAGAAGGCCAUUUAAAUACUAAAAUAGAUGAAAUAAUAGCAGCUGUCACAAUUUAGAAUGGAUCAAUAGUUUUGACUAAAUCAGGUAUAUUGUAACAUCUACUGAUUACUAAUACAAUAACUUUAGGUAAGUCUAUGAUGAUAAAUAUCAAUACUUAAAAAAAGGUACUUUUGAAAUAUCUUAACAAAAACAGAGUUUUAUUGAUAAUAGCAGAUUAAGAAACUCAAGCAUUUCAACUCUCAAAUAAAACAGAUGUUUUUGAAGAUUCAUAAAAAUUAAGGAUAUAUGAUUCAUUUAAAGUGGAUUAAAUCUCAAGUAUAACAACAGUAAAUGAUAUGUUAUUUAUUGCAAUGGGUACUUAAGGCAUAUAGAUGUAUUAAUUUAAAGAGAAAAAUUUAUAAUCAGUUUCUUGGGUUAUAAGUGAAUUAAGUGAUAAUUAAUUUCAUGAUGUAGUGGAUAUCAAAGUAUUUUCAAGUAGUUAGGAUUAGAUAUAUACAAUUUAUAUUUUAGAUAAGAAAUUGGGAGUAUAACAAUUUGUAUAUAAUUCUGUUACUACUUUGAUUUCUAUGAAUACAAAAUUAGGAACAAUUCCUUAAAUUGGUGACAUAUUUGAUAUUAAAUAAUCUAUAUUAAUCAUCAUAGAACAUCAACCUUCAUUUUCAUAUGUACAUGAAAUAUUAUUAGAUUUAUCAAAUAAUACAUACAAAUAACUAAAUAAAUAUAAAACUUUUAAGGAUGUUUAAGAUGUGGAUAUACUAAAUCAUUAUGUAAUUAUUUUAGGGAAGAAUGGACAUUAAGUAUUAAGACAUUCUCUGCCAUAAAGUUUUAAUAAUUAGUCUUAAAAUUCUAUAAUAAUACCAAAUCUAUAAUAAUUAGAUUAUAUUGAUUAUAAAAGUAAGACAGUUAUAUUUGGUUUUACAAAACACAGAUUUUUUUAUUCAUCAAUUAAAGAGGUAUGAUGUAUUUAAAUUAUAUUAGUCACCAAGUUUAAUAUUGUGUUUUUCAAAUUAUACUUAAGAUCUAUAGACAAAAUUUAUUUAUAAGUAAAAAUCUACAAAAUGUCCAGAUAAUUUAAAUAUUCCAAAAGAUGAAUUUUGUUAGAUUGAUAAAAGAUAUACUAUAAAUUUUAUAGCUCCAAAGAGAGGUGCAGGAUAUUCAUAAAUAAUAUUAAUUUAUGGAGUUGCUUUUAUAUUAGGAUUUGGAUUUAUUUUGUUAAGUUGUUUAUUAUGUAGGGAAUUCAAAAAGUAUGAAAAUUUUGUGAGAUAUAAUGAGAUGAUAGAAAAUGAUUCAUUGGAUGGAUAAAAUUCAAAUUGUUGUUCAGAUGGUUAGAAUUAAAGAAAGUUUGGAAAGAUUGAAAAUAAAGGAUCUUCAAUGACACCAGCAGUUUAUGAAGAGAAAGAUAAUUGA